GUAACUAUAGACUAUAGACUCAACUCUGGAUAAAGCGUGUUUUCCGUUCGAUCGAGUCAUCUCUCCCUGCUCUAACCAGUCUAAUGGGCUGUUCGAUUCCGAUACCGAUCGACUCAUUAUCCUGCUUCAAUCUAUAUCCGCGUUGAUCGUUCAUUCGUUCCUCUAAUAUUUGCUUAAUCCGUUGAAUUUCAUAUUAAUCAUCAUUGCGAGUGAUCGUGUUGAAAGCUGGAAGUGGAUUGAAUCUCUUAGGGUUUUCAUUAGGAGAGAAAUCGCAUAGGCAUCGGACCAGAAAAUGCCUUCGGUGCCUUCUACCCUAAACGACCUGUUCAUAAUAUGCCCGUACGCGAACUGCUUCUAUGGUGUUUUGUGUUUUCAUCGUCUGAAGCCUCUCGAGAAGAGUCAUCGGCGUAGUAGUCAUAGUUAACGCUUGCUUUCCCUUUUAUCGCUUUCGUUGUUGCUAGAAGUUACCCUGAGGUUGUUUUUAUUUCUUUCAAUGGUUCUAUAUUUUGAUCUUUGAAGGCUGAGAAUAGUAAACUGAAGCUGUCCAGGAAUUUACCGAUCUUCGACAUUUGAUCUCGUUUCUGCUUAUAGCCGAGUCUUUUCUGGCGUUUUUACUCGUUUAAGAAGGAUUUUGACUAGUUCCAUCCGCCCUCUUAGAAGAUCUACUCAGCACUCUUUCCGAUUGAUGGAUGUUUGUGCAUAUUGUGAUAAGUCAGCUUCUGGAAAUGUAAGCCACACUUGUCUGUCGCCGGGGAGUCAUUCUGGUUGUGAACAUUACAACAGUGCUCUAGAUUCUGGCCUAGAUGGUGAUCUCAGGAACCGUUUGAGUGAUUUAGUCAUCAUUCUAGAGGAUCAACAGCUGUGUAAUUCAAAGUUCUCAAAAGAUGAUAUUCAAAGUACUCCCGACAAUUUCUCAGAUAGGUUGUCCUCAAAAAAGUGCCUUGUCAAAUUUGCAACCUUUCCUAGCUCGACUAAGAGCUCAUCUCCCAAUGAGCUAAUCCAUCAAAGACAAAUGGAGCAAAUGAAUGAUGUAACUGCUGAACCUUUGGCACCUAAUGGUGAAGCAAGCUCCGCACCGCUGUCUACACCCUCAAAAUCUUUACCAAGUGCCACGAAGCUUUUAUCUGCCCUGAAGGGUAGCCGUGAGAAGCAGGGGAUAGUACCCCAUAAGAAACUCCAUGUCAGCUGGGCACCUGAUGUGUAUGAUCCACCUGUCCCAAUACCAAUUUCUAAUGUGUCCAUCAACAGACAUCAACGCCACAGAAGUGAUGGCAAGAAGAACGGGAAGAAGAAUAAGCAGCAAAGCAGCGGAAAAUCCUCGCGAGCCAACAAGGGGAAAGACAAGAAGAAGCAUGGGCGGAAAUAUGGCGGGACCUGUGAGAGGGGCUUCUAUCACUUGGAAGACCACAAUGUAGUGAUCUCAUCACGCGAACUUCCGACUAUCGGUUUGGAUAUUGCUAGCCCAGAUCAGUUAUGUGGAAGCAGUUAUCUCUAUAGUUCUGUAUCAAAGUUGCAUUUUCCGCUUGCAGAGGCUACAUGAGUGAGUGGGAGUGGCUUUCAGCUUUGUCAGUUAGCGGAUGUUUCAACUUUUCCUCCCCACCCCCACCCCAGCCCAACCCGCUAAUUGUGUUCUGUAAAUAAGUAAGAGUGCUUUCACGCCUUAAUCAUCAGUUGUAUGAACAAAAUAAGGAUCUGAAUUGCUGCUUGCUUUGCUUCAUGGUGGCACACUAUUUUCUGCAUCCCAUAUUGUGUUGUCUCCUGUUUAAACCCUUUACUCUCGUGUUUUUAUGUUACAUCUUGUUUGAAUAAAUAUUGACGCGAAAGUAUUUUAACCGGUUAUCCCUAUUUGGAAGUCGG